UGCGAAUUACAAACGUAACGCCACUUUAUGUCAUAAAUACAUCAUGAUUUCGAGUUGACUUUCGGGCGCUGCGCGUUCCCCGUGUACCCAGCUAUUAAUGUGGGGGCAUACGGAGCCUCCCAUGUACCCGUGAGUGCGCAUCCGCUUCGCGUCCGCCCGCUCGAACCCGGUGCGACGAUCGCGCGUCCACCCGCUCGUGUCCGCCGUCCAAGUCCGCAUCCAUUUGCGCCCACCAGCCAGUCCAAACUGCGUCGCGCUGCGCUGAUCGUCGUCGACGACCGAGACCGGACCGAUCGACGGUGGACGUCCGGGCCGGUGCAGGCGCUGCAGCCUCGGCAAGUACAGUCCUCGAGAGAGAGAGAGAGAGAAAGAGCGCGGUAGCGACAACCUCGCUUCGAGGUUGUCGCGAUUGUCUUCGAUCCGACGGAUCGUUCUCGCAAGAUCAACAGUCGAGUUGACGUCGAACGUGAUCCUAGGGCGAUCCACCCACGAUUGCUAACGGACCGAUCAACUUGGCGAUCGAGAGCUUCGAUACUCGACCGGCAGAAUGUUGGCCAAACGGCCGAGGCGGCUGGUCGUUCUGCAAAGUGACUUGCAAAAUAAUCUGAGACACCUCUAGAAAGAAGGACUCGCGAGGGCGCCGGGGGAUACUGUUCGAUCGGUCUCGAUAUCCGCACAUAAUGGACGAUCUGCUGCGGCAGCUGGAGAUCCUGAAGAUCAGGAGCGACUUCUGCGAGGAUAACUCCUCGUGGCCGCCAUGCGUGGACUUGAUUCAGAGGAGCCUCGCGCCGCAGAGAACGGUCGGGAGCGAGCGCCCGUGCGAGGAGAGGGACUUCAGGGAGCACAGGCUCGUUGUGGAGAGAAACUUGGGCAACGUCCGGUCUAUGCUGCAACAUAUCUCCAGCAGUUGCAGGGAGAAGCGCCUGCAGCUGAACAACGCCGCGGGGAUGGCUAGGACGUUCGGCAUGAACCUGUUGCUGCUCGUCGGAGAGCACGGCGAAAGGAACGUCUGGAACACAGCCGAGUGUGUCUCCAUCGCCAAAGAGUUACUCGCUGAUUUCUGUGAUCUGUACGCGUGUCAGAGCGCUUCCCAAUUCUUGUCGGAGAAUGAGAACCUGCGCGACCUGUUGCUAACGUUAAGACCUAAAUUACUAAAGGACACCUGGAAAACCUAUCCGUCGGCCGUGGCGUGUUACAGGUGGAUUCUGCAGCAGGCGGAAAAACCAGUUUUAUUCAAUUAUAUCGGAGAUGUCCUGCCCACCGCAUUAAUUAUUCUCGACGACUAUUUCCCCGAUAACGUGCUGAUAGGCCUGGAAUGUAUUUACCAGAUUAUACAGCACUCUCACAUGAAAAAGGGACUGAUAGACUCCGGGUAUGCCCAGCUGAUUUACCACGCGUUGAAACUUUUGACCCAUCGGAAGGAAGUGAAAUACGUUAUUCCUUUGUAUUCCUGCAUGGCCAGCCUUUUAGCUACCAUGGAACAUUGGGAUAAUACCAUAAAUCUGUUUGAGUGGACAACGCGUGACGAGGUUCUCGCUAUCCUGAUAGAGAACAUGGGACUCGAGCAGAACAUUGAAUUACGGCACGUAUACAUGUUGAGCUUACCUCAUCUCAUCACAAAUAUAGGCUGUGCCAAAUGGUGCGGAGCGCUCGUCCGCAUACUGGCCGACUACUGCGAAAAUCAUACGGAUUUACGGACAUUAAAGGCGACAUUAGAGAUGGCAAAGACAUUCCUCCUGAUGUUCCGCCUGCGAGUGGCUGCGCACUGCACCCCGCUUUACACCAUAUUCCUGAAGUUACAUUUCGAUCUGACGGUGACGCCGGUGUUCGAUCGAGCAAUCGUGCAGAAUCUGGAGGAUUGCAUUUCCAUGUUGUACCAGUUAUCGCCGAAUGUAGGCUACACAGUAAUUAAGGACGAUCGAAUGCGUUCGGUACUCAGCAGUAGCCUGCCAGUGGUGUGCCAGGGCGGCGAUAUCAAGUAUUUCGAAUAAUUUGUGAAACGUGUGGCAGUCGCGUAUUUGUAUAUACAAGUGUAUUCUAUGUGAUGUGUGUGAAAAUGCGCUGAUAGAAAUAUUAUAUUCCCGUAAACCUCUAUAGUUCAGAGAUAAAAGCGAACCGCAAUAGGUACUUAGAUAUUUUGUUUGUGAUGUAAAAAUAUCAAUAUACGAUUAUUUGCAGAGAG